AUGUCAACCGAAACUAAUAAUAGUAACACAUCAACAAUAACCAAUACUAAAACAACAAGAGUACCUAUAACAUUAAUCACUGGAUUUCUCGGAUCAGGGAAGACAACAUUUUUAAAUUAUAUUUUAAAUGAAAACCAUGGUAAAAAAAUAGCAGUCAUUCAAAAUGAAUAUGGACAAUCCAUUGGUAUCGAAACAGCAAUGAUUGUAGACUCAAAUGGCGAAAAGGUUCAAGAAUGGUUAGAGUUCCCAAAUGGCUGUAUUUGUUGUACCGUCAAAGAUGACUUUUUACAAUCAAUUGAAGAUUUAUUAAAAAGAAGUGAUAAAUUCGAUUAUAUAUUAAUUGAAUCAACUGGUAUGGGUGACCCAGGACAAAUUUCCUCAUCCCUAUGGGUGGAUGAAGAAUUAGAAUCACCAAUUUAUUUAGAUGGUAUUAUAACAUUGGUCGAUGCUAAACAUGUCGAAAAGCAUAUAGAGAAAUCAAAAGCAUCAGAAAAACUAUCAAUGAACAAUAGCAAUAACACUCAUAACAGUGGUGAAUCAAAUGACUCAAAGUAUUAUUCAACUGAAGUCGAAAGACAAAUUGCAUUUGCAGAUAUAAUUUUAUUAAAUAAAAUAGAUUUAUUGGAUCAAAAUAAUUUAGAAAAAGAAAUUGCCUCUGUCGAAUCCAAGAUUAGAUCAAUUAACCCAAUGGCAAAAAUCAUCACCACAGAAAGAUCAAAAGUACCAUUGGACCAAGUAUUAAAUGUCAAUGCCUAUACCCCAAAUAUCGAUUUAUUGAAGGACUACAUCAACAAUUCAGAGAAACAACACCACCACGAUAACAAAAAUGAUGAAAAGUCAUGCGACCAAUGCAGCAAUCACUCAAAACAUAUCAACACCAUAUGUAUAACUCAAGAUUUUGACGUCGAUUUGGAUGAAUUCACUCGUUGGGUCGGUAAUCUAUUAUGGGACGAGAAAAAAGAUUCAAUUUUCCGUAUUAAAGGUUUAAUCUCUAUUAAAGAUGACAAAGAAAAGUAUAUCCUUCAAGGAGUUUAUUCAACCUUUGAAGUAUUGCCAUCUGGUUUAUAUUGGUCCGAAAAUGAAAAAAGACACAACAAAAUAGUUUUAAUUGGUGAAUCUUUAGACCAAUCCGAAUUGGAAGAAUCAUUUAAAAAACUAAAACAAUAAAAACCAUAGAACUAAUUGAAUUAAUUCAAUUAUAAUUAUAAUUU